UAGUUGGGAGUCGGAUUGCGUCGGAUGUUUUUUUUUCUUCUUCGCCUUGUGAGACGAGCGCAGCGGGAGGUGUUGUUUGCACCGUCCGGGCCCGUGUUUUUCACCUUUAAAUGAUACCUCGCAGCCGGGAAGGCGUCCUCCACCCGAGCCGAGCGCACCACCACCACCCCGCCGCCGCCGCCGCCGCCGCCGGACACCACCCGACGACAUGGACCUGCACAUCUUGGACCACAGGCUCCGGGUCCUCAGCAUAUCCAAGAGCGGGCUGGUGAACUUCACGCACCCGCUGAUUAAGCUGAUAUUCCUCCGGAACCGGACGCGAUGCAAGUUCUUCAGUCUGACGGAGACGCCGGAGAACUACACCGUGGUCCUCGACGAGGAAGGGUUCAAAGAGCUCCAGCCCUCCGAGCAUCUCAACGUCGAGAGCUCCGUCUGGCUGCCGCUCAACGUGGUCUCCAACGGCAACGCCUCCAGCAGCUCGCAGGCGGUCGGCGUGACCAAGAUCGCCAAGUCGGUCAUCGCCCCGCUGGCCCAGCAGCACGUGUCGGUCUUCAUGCUCUCCACGUAUCAGACCGACUUCAUCCUGGUGAGGGAGAAGGACCUGUCGGUGGUCAUCGGCACCCUGGAGGAGGAGUUCAACAUCUACAGGGAGGUGGCAGGCGAGUCCGUCCCCGUCCGCUGUCAGGACGAGUCCAACGGCCUCCAGAAGAACGGCAAAGAAGCCGUCCAGCCGACGCUCCACCCGGUGCUGAUCCCGCAGAACCAGUUCUGCGUGAUGUCCCUGGACCCUGACACGCUGCCGUCCAUCGCCACCACCCUGAUCGACGUGCUCUUCUACUCCAACGGUCCCAAGGAGGACGCGCAGUCGUCUCCCAGCCGCCACUUGGACUGCAUCAAGUUCUUCUCCUUCUCCCUCAUCGAUGGCUACAUCUCCCUGGUGAUGGACACUGAGGCCCAGAGACAGUUUCCUGCUGACCUUCUCUUCACCAGCUCAUCCGGGGAGCUGUGGAGAAUGGUUCGCAUUGGGGGACAGCCGCUGGGCUUCGAUGAAUGUGGCAUCGUGGCCCAGAUUUCUCAGCCGCUGGCUGACAGCGACAUCUCUGCCUAUUACAUAAGCACCUUCAGCUUCGACCAUGCUUUGGUCCCCGAGGAGGACAUAGUGAGCGUGACCCAGAUGCUCCAGCAUCAAAGGAAAGAACCAGCCGCGAGUUGAUCCCCACCCCCACCCCCCCCACCCCCCCCCCCUCCCAGGGGCGAGAGGCUAAACCCCGUGCCUAGUCUAGCACGCUGCAUCGCCAGCAGUAUUAACCACGACGAACCUGCCAUGAUCACCAGAAAGCGCUUCUCCGUGGCGUGCGCAUCGCGGUUUGUCUGCGAGGCCUCCAGUCGCAUCGAUCUUGCGGCCGGAUGUCCUCUGGGGGGGGGGGGCGGAUGGCCUCUGGGGGCCCCCGGGCUCACCCACGCACUCAAAAACAAUCUCAAACGCAGUCGUUCGUUCCGGUUCACAAGCACAAAGCCCCGAUAUAUAUCUAUAUAUAUAUAUCUGAGAGACUCUUUCUCCUUUUUAAUGAAGUUGGAAUUGUUGAUGAUAUUAUCUUGCUGCGGACGGAUGAUCUCACUGGCGUUGGUUUCACGAGGGGGUUCAACAACUCGGUCUUCCAGUGAUGUUUAUAUCAUUGCGCCAUAUACCCAAACAGCCAUUCCGCUGCACUUUUCUUUCUUUCCAUUUAAAAGCGUGAAAGCUUGAAAUGCAAUGCAGUUGUGAGAAUGUUGAUCUGACAGUAAUUUCCAUGCAAAGGAUAACUGAGAACUUCUGUUUUUUGACAACCGGUUUGGUUUCAAAGGAAUGUGCAGGUAGUUCUUAUUAAAACUACUACAAAUUCUGUUAAGCAGGACAGUCGGUGCUUUUUUUUUUUUUAGAGGUCAGCAUUUCUUAACCGUAGUAUUACCAGAGGUCAGUAACACUAUGUCUUAUUUCUUGUUAUUUGCACAAUACACUUUUUGAUUUAGCUAAUCUUCCCCACCCCCCAGAUGUUUUCUUUGGUACAACUUACAAAUGUAACCCCUGCUAAAAGUUUUCUUUAAACAUUUGUAAUUUUUGUGCUGCUUCCUCCAAUAAAACAUUGAAAGUC